AGCCAACUCGACUCGGACCGUUUGUUGAGAACAAAAGCUGCUUUCGAGAUUUUCAAUAAUCUAAACUCCGAGUCUCUGAUCCUGUCGUUCACAGGACCUGUAGAUUUCUAGAAACUAAAACCCUAAUUCGGAAAACCAAAAUUAUUGAUUUUGAACCCCAAAUGUACGGAGAUCAGCAGGCAACUAUGCCCAGUUUCACUUCAUACCCGACUACUAACCCUAACCCUGAUCCUAACCCCCCUAACGCUGAUGCCUCGCUGUACCAGUAUUCUCAUGGAUUCGAUGGGUCGGAAAUGCAAUCCGCAUUUGAGCUUGAAGAAGCUGCAGCGUCACAGAAUGAGGCAGCUGGCAACAUCGGUGAUGAGGCACAGCAUGUGGUGAACACAACAAGUCAACCUGAAAGCAUAGAAACCAUUCAAUGUGAGGUAUGCAAUAUUACUUGUACCAAUAGGGACAUAUUCGAGAAACAUACACAAGGAAAAAAGCACAUGAAGAAUAUGCAAAAGAUUGCCAUUUCAUCUGUCAUUGGACCAAAAGUGACACCACCGAAUGCAAGUGCAACUUCAGUAGGAGAGUUGGAGAAUAAAAAGCACUUGUUAUUGCAAAAUGGAGCAUCAGUUGAUAAAUUGCUCUACUGUGAAACUUGCAAUGUGGUAUGCAAUAAUCAAGAUGCCUUUCAGGCUCAUCUUGCUGGUAGAAAGCAUUCUUCAAAGGCAAUCAUGCAGGGUGCGAGUACAAAUGACGUUUUUAACCCCACAUCAAACAAGAUUCAUGAGGCUCGGAUGAAUCCUGACCCUUUGAGGUGUGAACUUUGCAAAAUCAGCUGCACCAGCUUUGAACUCCUCAACACACACCUGUCAGGGAAGAAACACCUCAAGAAACUUAGAGAAUCAGAGCAAAUAUCAGAUCUGCCCUUGACCUUUGUCACUUCACUGGACACCCAACGUAUGCAAAAUCAGGAGUCUACCGAGGGCAAAGCCGUCAUUUCACAUGAAGGAAAAAAACACCACAAGAAUUUGGAGAAAUCAGAAAAAGGAAUUGGACCUAACCCUGAGCCAGGGAUGCUGCAAGAUGAAGGGAAGGAAGAGGAUAAAGUUGUAAAUUUGGAUGGGAGUAACAGGAAGACAAAGAGAGUGGCAAGUGAUGAGGAAUUGGAGGCAAAGAGGCAGAAGAUUCUUCAAGGAGGAGCUGCAUCCAAUGGUUUAAGAACUUGUACUGUGUGCAAUGUUGUUUGUAGCAGUCCGGCUGUGUAUAACUCUCAUCUUGCUGGUAAGAAGCAUGCUGCAAUGGCUGUGAAACAGGCAGAAACUGGAUUGACUGGUCAAGAAACAUGA